CCGCCACAUCUGACAGUGACAAAAUUCGGUGAAACCGGUAGCAGGAGGUUCACGUAAACAUUAUUCUUGGCUGGUGAAACCAUUUAAAAGAUGGAUUUAAGUGGGAAGUUGAUAAUAAAAGUGCAGUUGGGUGAGGACAUACGGAGGAUACCCAUACACAAUGAGGAUAUCACCUACGACGAGCUGUUACUUAUGAUGCAGAGAGUGUACCGGGGCAGGCUCUCCAGUACUGAUGAUAUCACUAUCAAAUAUAGGGAUGAGGAUAAGGACCUUAUCACGAUCUUUGAUGACUCUGACCUGACAUUCGCUAUUCAAUGCAGUAGAAUCUUAAAAAUAACAUUGUUUGUGAAUGGACGACCUCGACCUUUAGAAACAGAUGAAGUGAAACUAAUAAAGAAGGAACUUCAGCAUAUUCGCGACACAGUAAACCACCUACUAGACAGACUAGAACCACAGGGGGAGAUAACAAGUUCAGGCGAGGCAACAGUCAAGGAUGAGCCAAUGGUGACAGAUAGCGGGAGAAAUCAGGCCACAGUGACAGCUUCUGGAUCAAUGCCUGUUAAUGCUCAGCAGGGGAAGGAAUUUGACCCCCUCUCCUCGCAGCGAUCAGUAGACGAAUCCCAACAGAACAAAGUCAUGUCUUCAUUUGGUCUAUCUGGUCAGGACAGAUCAGGGACACCAGACAGUUUAUCUAGUAUUGGAUCAUCAUCUAGUAACCAACUUAAGGCUCAGCAACAGGCCCAGCAACUUCUACAACAACAGGCACAGCAGCAGCAGCAACAACAACAGCAACAACAGCAGCAGCAGCAACAACAACAGCAACCACAAGCACCAACACCAGCCACCAGCGAUGCCAACACAUCUAGUUCAGCUUUUGUGGCACCCCAACCUCCCCAGGCUGCCACUCAGCCACACAUGAACCCAUCACCACAGCACCAGAUGUACCAGGGUGGCCCCACCCCUCAACAACAACACCCUGGACAACCAAAUUUCCAGAACCCACAGCCAGGUUACCCUGGAGGAGCAUCCCCAAGCUCUGCCUCAAGCCAGCAGCCUGGAAACAACACAUACCAACAGGCUGCUCCAGGCUAUGCAGCUGGGGGACCUGGACAACAGCAACGUCCACAGCAGCCUCAACAAGUACCUGCUCAAGGUAUUCCUGGCCAGCCAGGCUUUUCUCAGCCAUCAGGUUCCUACCCUUAUCAGUAUGGCAGUCAGCAACCCAUGCCUCAACCGGGCGUUGCACCUGGUCAGACACAGGGUGCUCCUUGGAAUCAACCUCCGGGAGGAUAUCAGAGCUACACUGGUCAACCACAACCUGCUGGAGCCCCUACUAGCUCUCCAUCUGGCACACCUGGAUCAGCUAGUCCUUCUAACCCCUAUGCUCGUGGGACAGGACAAGGAUAUGGGGCCGGCUACCCUAAACCAACCCAGGGCUACUCACAAGGCUACAAAUGAUCAACAAUAUAGGACACUUUGUCAUGUUUCAUUCCUUUCCUGUCACGAGGAUGUGAUGUUGGGCAUACUGGGAUGUCUUCUUCCCUCAUCUGUUCUGUCUGUUGCUGACUUAUUACUUACUUUAUUCUCUACACUCACUUCUUUGUUAAACUCUACUGGUAGCCCAGUAUUUGUAGGCAAUGUUUAAAGUCGUCAGACUAUGGUAGAAUGUUUUAACAAGUUGACUUUGGUAGUCAAAUAUCAUAAUGAAAAUAUGACAACAUCAGAUAAAGACGCAACGGUCACAUCUGUAAUAAUUCUCACACCUUCACUGCUAGCAUCAUUUUUUAAUAAGGUGACAUCUUCCUGUGAGGUGUCAGGAGAGUGUAUGUAGAUGUGCUAAAUCUUUCAAUCUUAAUCAGAGGAAUUGCAAAUUCUGUUUGUAGAAUUACAAUGUAGUGUUUAUUACUGAAGAUCUGUGAAUCAUACAUCAUCAUUACUGUAAAGCAGUGUUUUACACUAGUGUAUACCACUGUUGUACAGUGUAAGUUACUGUACAGUAAGUGUAUACCACUGUUGUACAGUGUAAAGUACCGUACAGUAAGUGUAUACCACUGUUGUACAGUGUAAAGUACCGUACAGUAAGUGUAUACCACUGUUGUACAGUGUAAAGUUCCGUACAGUAAGUGUAUACCACUGUUGUACAGUGUAAAGUACCGUACAGUAAGUGUAUACCACUGUUGUACAGUGUAAAGUACCGUACAGUAAGUGUAUACCACUGUUGUACAGUGUAAAGUACCGUACAGUAAGUGUAUACCACUGUUGUACAGUGUAAAGUACCGUACAGUAAGUGUAUACCACUGUUGUACAGUGUAAAGUACCGUACAGUAAGUGUAUACCACUGUUGUACAGUGUAAGUUACUGUACAGUAAGUGUAUACCACUGUUGUACAGUGUAAAGUACUGUACAGUAAGUGUAUACCACUGUUGUACAGUGUAAAGUACCGUACAGUAAGUGUAUACCACUGUUGUACAGUGUAAAGUACCGUACAGUAAGUGUAUACCACUGUUGUACAGUGUAAAGUACUGUACAGUAAGUGUAUACCACUGUUGUACAGUGUAAAGUACCGUACAGU